AGAAAUCACUAAACCUUGGCCAUGGUCACUUCCUCUUUUCCAAUCUCUGUGGCAGUUUUUGCCAUAAUAACCCUGCAGGUUGGUACUCAUGACAGUUUUAUAGCUGCAGUGUAUGAACAUGCUGUCAUUUUGCCAAAUAAAACAGAAACACCAGUUUCUCAGGAGGAUGCCUUGAAUCUCAUGAACAAGAAUAUAGACAUUCUGGAGACAGCGAUCAAGCAGGCAGCUGAGCAGGGUGCUCGAAUCAUUGUGACUCCAGAAGAUGCACUUUAUGGAUGGAAAUUUACCAGGGAAACUGUUUUCCCUUAUCUGGAGGAUAUCCCAGACCCUCAGGUGAACUGGAUUCCGUGUCAAGACCACCACAGAUUUGGUCACACACCAGUACAAGCAAGACUCAGUUGCCUGGCCAAGGACAACUCUAUCUAUGUCUUGGCAAAUUUGGGGGACAAAAAGCCAUGUAAUUCCCGUGACUCCACAUGUCCUCCUAAUGGCUACUUUCAAUACAAUACCAAUGUGGUGUAUAAUACAGAAGGAAAACUCGUGGCACGUUACCAUAAGUACCACCUGUACUCUGAGCCUCAGUUUAACGUCCCUGAAAAGCCGGAGUUGGUGACUUUCAACACCGCAUUUGGAAGGUUUGGCAUUUUCACGUGCUUUGAUAUAUUCUUCUAUGAUCCUGGUGUUACCCUGGUGAAAGAUUUCCAUGUGGACACCAUACUGUUUCCCACAGCUUGGAUGAACAUUUUGCCCCUUUUGACAGCUAUUGAAUUCCAUUCAGCUUGGGCUAUGGGAAUGGGAGUUAAUCUUCUUGUGGCCAACACACAUCGUGUCAGCCUAAAUAUGACAGGAAGUGGUAUUUAUGCACCAAAUGGUCCCAAAGUGUAUCAUUAUGACAUGAAGACAGAGUUGGGAAAACUUCUCCUUUCGGAGGUGGAUUCACAUCCCCUAUCCUCGCUUGCCUACCCAACAACUGUGAAUUGGAAUGCCUACGCCACCACCAUCAAACCAUUUCCUGUACAGAAAAACACUUUCAGGGGAUUUAUUUCCAGGGAUGGGUUCAACUUCACAGAACUUUUUGAAAAUGCAGGAAAUCUUACAGUCUGUCAAAAGGAGCUUUGCUGUCAUUUAAGCUACAGAAUGUUACAAAAAGAAGAGAAUGAAGUGUACGUUCUAGGAGCUUUUACAGGAUUACAUGGCCGAAGGAGAAGAGAGUACUGGCAGGUCUGCACAAUGCUGAAGUGCAAAACUACUAAUUUGACAACUUGUGGAUGGCCAGUAGAAACUGCUUCUACAAGAUUUGAAAUGUUCUCCCUCAGUGGCACAUUUGGAACAGAGUAUGUUUUUCCUGAAGUGCUACUUACCGAAAUUCAUCUGUCACCUGGAAAAUUUGAGGUGCUGAAAGAUGGGCGUUUGGUAAACAAGAAUGGAUCAUCUGGGCCUAUCCUAACAGUGUCACUCUUUGGGAGGUGGUACACAAAGGACUCACUUUACAGCUCAUGUGGGAACAGCAAUUCAGCAAUAACUUACCUGCUAAUAUUCAUAUUAUUAAUGAUCGUAGCUGUGCAAAAUAUUGUAAUGGUAUAGGGCAUCUCUUUAUCACUCAGCUUCUGCAUCAUAUACUUGGCUGAAUGUGUUUAUCGGCUUCCCAAGUUUACUAAGAAACUUUGAAGGGCUAUUUCAGUAGUAUAGACCAGUGAGUCCUAAAUAUUUUUUCUCAUCAAUAAUUAUUUUUUAAGUAUUAUGAUAAUGUUGUCCAUUUUUUUGGCUACUCUGAAAUGUUGCAGUGUGGAACAAUGGAAAGAGCCUGGGUGUUUGGGUCAGAUAAAUGAAGAUCAAACUCCAGCUCCAGCCUCAUUUGCUUGAGACUUUGUGUGUAUGGGGGACUUGUAUGUAUGGGAGUGAGGAGUUUCAGGGCCAUUGCAAACAUAGCUGUGCCCUUGAAGAGAAUAGUAAUGAUGGGAAUUUAGAGGUUUAUGACUGAAUUCCCUUUGACAUUAAAGACAGUUUGAAUUCACCUAGUUUUCUGUGCUAAUGUUUAUCAGGAGAUUUACUU